AUAGCGAAGCCGUCUCUUAGAGCGUUUUUGUUCGCUUAUCUCUAUGUAGUGAUUCCCAAGGCUUUGAACCACAUUAUUGUAGCCAUCAAGAGAAAUGAUCUCGCAGAUUUGCCCAAGCGUUUGGCGACAGUUCUAGCCAGGGCGUUGCAUCCCAAGAAGUUCCCCAUGUUCACUGCGUACAUUGUCGCAGGUACCAAUUUAUUGGAGCCAAUAGUGUUCAAGAUAGUCCAGAGACUUGCACUAUUGAAGAGCAGAAGCAGCACCUUGUUCAUAUCAACUUUGGUUUCGGGCUUCAUUUCCGCCAUCAUAACGUUUCCUCAAUUCCAGAAUCACAUUUUGGGCUACGGCAGAUACUAUUCGCUAGAUUUGACUCUUUUGUUAACUACCAGAGCUUUGGACACAUUGGUGUCUUCAACUCUUGCCCAUGUCGUUCCCAGCAUACUUCAGAGCAAAGGUGACGCUCUUCUUUUUAUACUAUCGUCGUUUUUGGUGAUGUUUUCAUGGUUCUACAAGCCUGAAUCAUUGCCUCCAUCCUAUAGGGGUUGGAUCACAGCUGCAGCUAAUAUGGACGAUGAGCUCAUAUGGGCUCUCAAAGGUCUCCGCGAAGGAACACUAGUGUACGGAGAACAUGGUCCUCUUGAGGAUAUUCUUGUACCAAUGGCUGAAAGAUAUGGCCAAGAUCCAAAGAGAGGAAGUCUCAUUCACAACCAACCCAUCGAGUGUGAGGUGGUACAUGCUUUCACAACUAAGAAUUGCGAAGUCCAUGCUCUCUGGAGAUUCUACCGUGGCUUCGUUUUUUCGUUGAAAGUGUACGGGCCAUUGAACGCAUUGAUGCUUCUAUUUCCUAAUAAGAGUAAGAUGUCCACCAGGAUCUGGAGAGCGUUUCUAUCCACAUGUAGAUCGUCCUGUUUCUUGGGUACUUUUAUUUCACUCUACUGGUACGGGGUAUGUCUCGUGAGAAACAGACUAUUUCCCAAGCUUUUUCCCAACAAGCCCUUGGUGGAAUGGGAUAUCACUUGGGGCCCUACAGUCGGUGCCAUGUUAUGCGGCUUAUCGUCGUUUGUAGAGACACAAGGACGUCGUAAAGAAUUGGCUUUAUUUGUAGCACCAAGAGGGUUGGGCACUUUAGUACCAACGGAACCAUCGGAAAUCAAUCUUCGUAUUGAAGCUAUUGUGUUUUCCUUCAGCUUGGCUGUGCUAGUAGCAUUUUCCAAAAAGGACCCUAAGUCUGUGAGAGGUAUUUUCGGAAAGGGAUUUCAGCAAGUUUUCAAGAUCUAG